AAGAAGAGGACGACGAAGAAGAAAUAAUUUUUUCGAGAAAAUAUAUAAAAAAAAAUCUGAUUUCAGUUCUAGUUCUGCUUUUCAAAUCUGGUGUGUUUUACUAACAUUGGUCAGACGUCGCCAUUCCUUAGAUCCCACUUUGAACAUUUGGAAUUGUGAAAGGCGGCGGGCAGCUGUUUGACUGCGGCUCCAUGGCGGCAGGGAGGGAAGCCACGCAGAGCGCCGGCGUGGACGUGUCAAUUAUUAUGCCCAUGUACAAUGCAUCGCCUUGGCUGAAUGAGUGUCUGCAGGCCAUACUAGACCAAGACUUCACAGGAUCCAUGGAGCUGUCUGUCUACGAUGAUGCAAGCACUGAUGACUCAAGAAAAGUGGUCGAGACUUGGAGGGAAAAGAUGGAAACAAAGGGGAUCUUGAUGGUGAUCUCUGGUCAUAGCUCGACUCAACCUCGAGGAGUGGGCUAUGCAAAGAAUAAAGCUAUAGUACAGAGUUGUGGCCAAUACCUGUGCUUUCAGGAUGCAGACGAUAUUAUGUUUCCUGCAAGAGUUCGUCUGCAGUAUCAGGCAUCUAUCCUCCGCCCAAACUCUCUGAUUGGCUGUCGAGUGCAGCGGCUUCCAGUGGAUUCUACAGAGCGUUACGCUCGCUGGAUCAACAUCACCACUCAGGAUCAGCUUGUUACCCAAGUGUAUACUUCUCAUGGGCCAACAGUAAUCAUGCCAACAUGGUUCUGCUCAAGAAACUGGUUUCUGAAGGUUGGACCAUUUGAUGAAGGAGGCAAGGGAGUUCCAGAGGACCUGCUCUUUUUCUACCAGAGCCUUCGCCAGGCGGGAAGUGUGGCCCGAGUAGACCAGUGUCUCCUGCUCUACCGUUACCAUGAGAAGGCAACCACACACUCUGUGACAGAGGAAACUAUAUGGAAACUGAGAUUAAGUUUCCUGCAAGAGAGAGUUCUCAGCCAAUGGAAGAAGUUCACAAUAUGGAAUGCUGGGAAACAGGGACGAAAACUGUACAGGUGCCUGAGUCAGAAUAAUCAACAAAAGGUCAAGGCAUUCUGUGAUGUGGAUGAUAACAAGAUCAAGAAAGGCUACUACACCUAUGAAGAAUCCAAGGAAACACCAAAGCCAAAAAUUCCAAUUCUACACUAUAAAGAUGCUUCAUCUCCCUUCAUUAUAUGUGUUAAACUGGAUAUGACAGGAGGAGUUCUGGAGGAAGCCUUGAACUCUUUGCAGUUGAAAGAAGGAACAGACUACUUUCACUUCAACUGACUGCUUGAAAGGUUUAAAAUAAAAUGGCAUUGCCAGCCU